CUUCGUCCGGUCCGUUCCGGCGUCCGGCUCGGCUCCGGGGGCUCCGGCAGCGUCCGCUCCUCGCGGCGGCGGUCUGGGCCGGGGCGCGGGCGGCGGCGGGCCUGGUUCUGCCUUCCUGAGGCCGGAGGCUCCGAGAUCUUCGCGCCCCAGCAUCGGAAGCCCGCGCGGCCUUCCCCGGUGCCCCGCCGCCAUGAAGGUGAAGAUUAAGUGUUGGAACGGCGUGGCCACUUGGUUGUGGGUGGCCAAUGACGAGAACUGCGGCAUCUGCAGGAUGGCGUUCAACGGCUGCUGUCCGGACUGCAAGGUGCCGGGAGACGACUGCCCGCUGGUGUGGGGCCAGUGCUCGCACUGCUUCCACAUGCACUGCAUCCUCAAGUGGCUCAACGCGCAGCAGGUGCAGCAGCACUGCCCCAUGUGCCGCCAGGAGUGGAAGUUCAAGGAGUGACGCCCGCCGCGCGGCCCCGCCCCUUCCCUCCCAGCGGCCC